CAAAAAAGAGGAACCCGUGAAGAAAAGCAGACUUGGUAUUCAUUUAGAAAGACUUGCAAGGGCAAAGAAUCAGGGUGAUUAAAGUAAAGCCCGAGGACAGUUACAAAAAGAAACCUUACGUGAAGCAUGGAGAUGACUUUGAUCUUUCUGAUAUUUCUUUUGGAAGGAUUAUGGGAGACUAAAGCUAUCUCAGUAACAGGAAACAAGGGCAGCUCUAUCACAGUAACCUGCUCUCACUCCAACGCCUACUACAAUGUCAAAUAUUUCUGCAAAGGACAAUGCACAGAUAAAGACAUCCUCAUAAACAGCACUACCAUUUCAAAUAAAAAAUACAAAAUUGAAGAUAAAGGAAAUACAUUCAGUGUCACUAUCUCUGAUCUGAAAGAAGAUGACUCUGGAACUUACUGGUGUGGAAUUGAACGAGUUGGUUUGGACACAUAUACUCAAGUAACCCUUACAGUUUUAGCUAACCAAGAUAAGACAGAUUAUACACAUGCUUCUUUUUCUGAGACGGUGGUGUAUACUGGAGUAAUUCUUGGUGUCGUGAUGCUAGUGCUGGGUGUGGGCCUUCUGAUUUUCUUCAGACAUCGAAACAGUAACAUCAGCACAUCAUCUGGAUGGUACUAUGACCUAGUGUUCAGGUCCUGUCAAAAACAAGAUGCCUGCCAUGACAAGAACGCUUCUCCAUCCAAGGAGGAUCAAGAAACAGAUGGUGGAACUAAGAGCGCCAAUCAGCAUCAAGAUACAUCAGAGCCUCAGAAGGAAUCAGGCAAUCUCAUCUACACGACUGUUACCUUCACAAAUCAAACAGAGUCCAGCAUGGUUUCAUCCCACUGUGUAGCAUCUAUAAAAUCAUCCUCUAAGCCAAAAUCGACAGAAGAAUCUACAAUCUAUAGCAACAUCUCAACUCAGUGCUGAUGUUAGACAAAGUAUUUCUAAUGGAAUAUUUCAUUUCUUGUAUGUAACUUAUGUAUUUUCUUCUUAUGGUUUAAAUAUUUUAAAAAUCCAGCUUCAAGUCAUUAUUUAACUUCAUAUCAGACAUACUGUGUAAUGUGAAAAUUAUAUACAUAGCAAACAAUACAUAGAUUUUUUCAGACUCUGUUUUUCUAUUGUAUAUGUGUUUUGUAUACAUGUUUAUUUAUAUGAGGCUGAAACUGAGAAAGUGAUAUGCGCAAAGAAAGAGGUCAUGGGUUCAUUCGCAUGUGUCUAACUUAGCUUUGUCUUGAUUAAGGAAUAGGAUCAAAGCCCUAGUUUGAAUUUUGACUUGGUGACCUGAAACCUGAUGGAUUGAAACCAAAGUUUAAAAAAAGACCCUUCAGACUCAGACCAUUUACCAUUUGACUGUGCAGUGAGUGUUGAGCACAACACAUCUCUUUUUCCAAUGAUUUCAAACAGAUUUAUUGUGUGUCUAAAAUCUUGUUUAAAUAAAAUCUCUGAAACCAAA